AACAAUGCAACCCAUCCAAUAUGUUGCUUAUGCUGUUUUCUCUUUCGGCUCAAAUUUCUUUUUCUAUCACUUUCUCUUCUUCUCACUAACCCACAAAUUCUACUACUCUUUCUUCAAUCAAAUUAUUACAUUUAAUUUAAUUUAAUUAAUUCAAACCCUUUCUUUCAAUCUCCGUCCAUACUUCUCUCUUCCUUUUACACCAAAACAACUCUUCGUUAAUUCUGGUUUAUUGAUACUCAUUAAUUAUUUAAUGAGAAGAUUAAGGAUAAUGGAUAUUAACAAGUUUUGGACGAGAAACACGUUAAUUGGCCUUGCUUUGGGCCAAUUUCUUUCUCUUCUCAUCACUGCCACUGGUUUCGCCUCUUCUGAUUUAGCUAAAAAAGGAAUUAAUGCGCCAACUUCACAGUCAUUUCUGAAUUAUGUGUUUUUGGCGGUUGUCUAUGGAGGUAUUCUACUCUACAGAAGGAAACCUCUCAAGGCAAAAUGGUACUAUUAUAUACUUCUUGGAUUGGUUGAUGUGGAAGCAAAUUUUCUCGUUGUGAAGGCAUAUCAAUACACCUCACUUACAAGUGUCAUGCUACUUGACUGCUGGUCCAUUCCAUGCGUCAUGCUUCUUACAUGGAUUUUCUUGAAAACAAAAUAUAGAUUCAAAAAGAUAACUGGUGUAAUCAUUUGCAUCGCUGGCCUUGUUCUGGUUGUAUUUUCGGAUGUUCAUGCAGGUGAUCGUGCAGGUGGAAGCAAUCCUCGUAAAGGGGAUGUUCUUGUUAUUGCUGGUGCUACCUUGUAUGCAUUCAGUAAUGUCAGUGAGGAAUUUUUAGUAAAAAAUGCUGAUAGAGAAGAGCUCAUGGCAAUGUUAGGUGUCUUUGGUGGCAUCAUCAGUGCCAUUCAAAUAACUAUACUUGAGCGAGCUGAACUUAAUUCUAUUCAUUGGUCGGCUGGGGCAGCAUUUCCUUUUGUUGGGUUUGCAGUGGCUAUGUUUAUGUUUUACUCUUUAGUACCUGUUCUGCUUAAGACCAACGGUUCUACCAUGCUAAAUCUGUCUCUUCUAACCUCAGACAUGUGGUCUGUCUUAAUUCGCAUUUUUUCUUACCACGAGAAGGUUGACUGGAUGUACUAUGUGGCGUUUGGUGCUGUUGCCACCGGCAUUGUUAUCUACUCCGUAGGUUACGGAGAUGAGGAUCAACACCCUCCUAAUGCAAUUGAAGAUCCUCUCGCAAUCAAACAGGACGAGGAAUCAAAUCAUAGCAAAGGAACUGCGGCUGGAAGCUCAAAAACUUGGGCAACUUAAAGAAAGUAUAGACCUAGAGAGAUCCAUCCACAAGGCAAAACCAUGAAGAAGACCCUUAUUCAGAAGUGGGCAAUUCUAAAUUUGUAUUCAAUGAUCCUCCAAGAGUGCAAUGCAAGAAGCAGUCAUUUUCCUUAGAGAAGUGUUAGCAAUAAUUUUUUUUCUUUUUUUUCAGUACACUCUUUAUCAUUUGUUGAAAUGUGUGUUGCUCUCAUCAUUUUGAGAAGUCUCUCACCAAAUAGAAAAUAGAAUCCAAAAUGUUUUAGCAGGACUCACAUGGAUUUUGUGGAAAAAUAGAGUGUGUUAUUAACAUUACUGAUUAGUUCAUUUAGUUAGAUGUUGCUUUUGUCAUUUGGAAAUUAGUGGUCAUCUUUUUUUGUCAAUAUGUUGCUAAUUAUCAAAUACUACUAGUUGGUGUUUAGUA